GUUUGUUUAACAGCCGACGAAUGUUCGCGACACACCCGCUCCGGCUCCAGCCACCAGUCGACGCGAUGGCGUUACGAUCUACACUCCUGCGCAUUGUAUUCAAUGGACAACAAACACGUCAAAUACAUGAGCUGAAAAAAAAGGAGCGCGCUGGAGUAACAAAGCUUCGUGAGGUCUUAGAAGACAGACUUCAAGACAUAAAACGAGCUAAAACCUGGAAACAUGAAAGAGUCCUCACAUCACCACAAGACACUAAGGUUAAAGUAAGGGGAUCGGAAGGAGAGUUCCUUAAUUUCUGUGCUAACAAUUACUUAGGACUAGCUAAUCAUCCAGAAGUCGUGGAAGCUGCUAGAGAAGGUCUAAGCAAAUAUGGAGCUGGACUAAGUUCCGUUCGUUUCAUUUGCGGGACACAAACCAUGCAUAAGGAACUCGAAGACCGUUUGACACAAUUCCAUGGACGAGAAGAUACGAUUCUCUACGGUUCGUGUUUCGACGCUAACGCCGGAUUAUUCGAGGCUUUAUUAACACCUGAAGAUGCUGUUUUCUCAGAUACACUGAACCACGCUUCAAUCAUUGAUGGAAUUAGAUUAUGCAAAGCGCAAAAAUUCCGUUACCCGCAUAGAGAUCUUAAUGAGUUGGAACACCUCCUCGCUCAUAGCGAAGCUAGGUUGAAACUAAUCAUCACUGAUGGCGUAUUUUCGAUGGAUGGCAACAUAGCUCCUAUCAAAGGAUUACGAGACUUGGCUGACAAGUAUAGAGCCUUAUUAGCCGUGGACGAUAGUCAUGCUACAGGGUUCUUUGGAGAAACUGGACGAGGAACUGAAGAGUACUGUGGAGUUGUUGGAGCGGCAGAUAUCAUUUGUUCAACUCUUGGUAAAGCUGUAAGUGGUGCGGCGGGAGGUUAUACAACUGGUCCUAAAGAACUGGUAUCGUUACUUAGAAAUGUAUCGAGACCUUACUUAUUCUCGAACGCACCUCCUCCACCAGUUGUUGCAGCUUGUUUGAAGUCGUUAGAUCUGGUAGAAAACAGCAGUGAACUCCGUCAACGCUUACGAGAGAACACUCGAGCUUUCCGCGAAGGAAUGACAUCUGUUGGUCUCACCGUAGCUGGAGAUGACCAUCCUAUUUGCCCCGUCAUGGUGGGAGACGCCGCACUCGCUUCAGACCUCGCAGCUGGCAUGCUUGAACGCGGCGUGUACGUGGUGGCGUUCAGUUUCCCGGUGGUGCCGAAGGGCGGCGCGCGAGUGCGCGUGCAACUGAGCGCGGCGCACACGCCGGCCGACGUGAGUCGCGCCGUGCAAGCCUUCGCAGACGUCGCUAGGAAUAUUGGCCUUAUUCAAAAAUAGAAUUGUAUGCAAUGUUUUUUAUUUGACAUCGAUACUAUUUGGCAAAUAUACUUGUAAUUAAUGUAUGUAUUAUUAGCAAAUUUAAAUUGAAAAUUAGUUACUUAAUAAAAUCCUUUAUAAAUAU